GCCUCCCUGUUCCUAACAACCACAGUGCAUUACAGCACCCUACAUUUUUAGUAUUGUUUUUAUAGUACUUGCUGAUAUCUAAAGUCAUUUUGUUUAUUGUUAUUUUUCUUGCUUUUCUACCCUCAAUCCCCUCCUGCCUCUAGAAAUGUAAAUUCUAGGGACCAGGGACUUUGCCAGUCCCAGUCAUUGCCAUGUAACUAGCUCCCUCCCGUGUAGCAAUGCUUGGUUCACUGAAGCAAGUCAGUAAAUACUUGUUAAAUAAUUAAGUAGAUGAAUUAACCUUACAAUUCUGAAGUAGAAUCCCAACACUCUUCAUCUGCCAGUCUCCUUUUUUGGAAUCUGUACAGAUAGAAAUUCAAAAAUUUUUUAGCCCAGAGGCUUUUGUCCCGACUUCUAGGAAAUCCAAACUAAAUAUAAUGGUUAACUAUAGUUACUAUUGGCCGAGGUUUAGUAUAAUUCCAUCCCUCUUCUAUUCCUUGUCUUUUCAUUUUAUUCUGGUGAUCCUCCGUAUAAUUGCUGGUAGCAAGGGGUGACUGUGGAAUUGGGAAGGGAGAGAACAUUGGUGAGAGAUAGUCCUUGUUCAGUGUCUCUCAGCCACAGUGUCUUCAGCUCUAAACUAGGGUUAAUAGAUCGGUGGUUUGUGCAAGUAUUAAGUGCCGACAAUAGCUUAGGCACUCCAAAGCAAGGGAAAGAGGAAUGAAAAUGCAGACAUACUGCCUUUUGGACUCACCUAGAGAGUUAAAUCAGCAACUAUUGUAAAAUGUGGUUAAGUUCUGUCCCAGGCAACAUUCUCAGUGUCACAGGAGCAUCUUAGAGGACCUUCUCACCUCCAUGAGGAGAGUUCAGAGAAUUAGCCAGCCUUGGGGGUGGUGAGCGUUCUUCUAGGAGGAGAGAACAGUGAAGAACCAGAGACAGAGUCUGACUUUCCAAUAACCCUGAAGAGCUUCAGAGAACAGACUGGGGGGGAAAGAGGUGUGUGAAAAGAUCAGGAGCAGAAGCCAGUGGGUGCAGUGGUUGGGAGUAUAAACACUACCCUGAAGGUGAAGAGGCCACUGAAAGAUUUGUGGCAGGGGAAUGACAAGAUCAGGUGUGUAUUUUUCUGUCGCCUUUUAAAAGUUUACCCUGGCUGCAACAUGGAGAAGAGAUUGAAAGGGAUGGUGGGGGACAGAAAGACUUGACAGCAGCAGCAGGGGAGGACACUGGUGGUGCUGGAACAUCAGAGGGAACUGGGAUCGUAUUUGUAAAUCCCCUGGCACAGUGUUGUCACUGCAAGCGUGGCUCAUUUUAUAACUUCUUGCUUUUGCUGAAGGUUUAGGCUAUGUAACUUCCAGGUUAUGAAAUUUAAACUGUUUCUAUCUAAAAACAUGUUCAAAUUAUUAAGUGCUUGUUUGUGUGCGUGUACACGCAUACACACAUGCACUGACAUUACAGAUUAUAUUAAACAAGUCAUAAGAUUCCCUAAGUGCAUCUUGAUUAAUGCUGUUCUAUUUUCCUGAUUUAAACUUGGGGUAAUAAAUUAAUACGCAUCCACGUACACACUUAACAGAAAAGUUCAGAGAAAGUAGUUGAAGUUUGAGGAAAGUAAAAGCUUAAUGGACUGAUAGAGUACUAAAUGUUGGUGUUAAUUUAGGAAGAAUGUGCUUUCUAAGAGAGUCGCUCAAUUGAUUAUGUAAAUAAAUCUUUGCAGAUGACUGAGAAGGUCAUGAAAAAUGCUGGAGCAUUGACAGAAGUGAGGGUAUUAGGAAGGAGUCUCCUUAUGAGGUGAUGGAGAACCUUGACUGGAAAAAUGGCAGAGGGAAUGAAAAGGAAGAGAGAGGCAUCAGUAAGCUUCCUGCAGACUUCACAAAACUACACCUUACUGAUAGUCUCCACCCACAGGUGACACACGUUUCUUCUAGCCAUUCAGGAUGUAGUAUCACUAGUGAUUCUGGAAGCAGCAGUCUUUCUGAUAUCUACCAGGCCACAGAAAGUGAGGCUGGUGAUAUGGACCUGAGUGGGUUGCCAGAAACAGCAGUGGAUUCUGAGGAUGACGAUGAUGAAGAAGACAUUGAGAGGGCGUCGGAUCCUCUGAUGAGUAGGGACAUUGUUAGAGACUGUCUAGAGAAGGAUCCAAUUGACAGGACGGAUGAUGACAUUGAACAACUCUUAGAAUUUAUGCACCAGUUGCCUGCUUUUGCCAAUAUGACAAUGUCGGUGAGACGAGAACUCUGUGCCGUGAUGGUGUUUGCAGUGGUGGAAAGAGCUGGGACCAUAGUGUUAAAUGAUGGUGAAGAGCUGGAUUCCUGGUCAGUGAUUCUGAAUGGUUCUGUGGAAGUAACUUAUCCAGAUGGAAAAGCAGAAAUAUUAUGUAUGGGAAAUAGUUUCGGUGUCUCUCCUACCAUGGACAAAGAAUACAUGAAAGGAGUAAUGAGAACGAAAGUGGAUGACUGCCAGUUUGUCUGUAUAGCCCAGCAAGAUUACUGCCGUAUCCUCAACCAAGUAGAAAAGAACAUGCAAAAAGUUGAGGAGGAAGGAGAAAUUGUUAUGGUAAAAGAACACCGAGAACUCGAUAGAACCGGAACAAGAAAGGGGCACAUCGUCAUCAAGGGCACCUCAGAGAGAUUAACAAUGCAUUUAGUGGAAGAGCAUUCGGUGGUGGACCCAACAUUCAUAGAGGACUUCCUGUUGACCUAUAGGACUUUUCUUUCUAGCCCAAUGGAAGUGGGCAAAAAGUUAUUGGAGUGGUUUAAUGACCCGAGCCUCAGGGAUAAGGUUACACGGGUAGUAUUAUUGUGGGUGAAUAAUCACUUCAAUGACUUUGAAGGAGAUCCUGCAAUGACUCGAUUUCUAGAAGAAUUUGAAAAUAACCUGGAAAGAGAGAAAAUGGGUGGACAUCUAAGGCUGUUAAAUAUUGCAUGUGCAGCUAAAGCAAAAAGAAGAUUGAUGACAUUAACAAAACCAUCCCGAGAAGCUCCUUUGCCUUUUAUCUUACUUGGCGGCUCAGAGAAGGGAUUUGGAAUCUUUGUUGACAGUGUAGAUUCAGGUAGCAAAGCAACUGAAGCAGGCUUGAAACGAGGGGAUCAGAUAUUAGAAGUAAAUGGUCAAAACUUUGAAAAUAUUCAGCUGUCAAAAGCCAUGGAAAUUCUUCGAAAUAACACACACUUAUCGAUCACUGUGAAAACCAAUUUAUUUGUAUUUAAAGAACUUCUAACAAGAUUGUCAGAAGAGAAAAGAAAUGGUGCCCCUCACCUUCCUAAAAUUGGAGACAUCAAAAAGGCCAGUCGCUACUCCAUUCCAGAUCUCGCUGUAGAUGUAGAACAGGUGAUCGGACUUGAAAAAGUAAAUAAAAAAAGUAAAGCCAAUACUGUUGGAGGGAGGAACAAGCUAAAAAAGAUACUUGACAAGACUCGGAUCAGUAUCUUACCACAGAAACCAUAUAAUGAUAUUGGGAUUGGUCAGUCUCAGGAUGACAGCAUAGUGGGGUUAAGGCAGACGAAGCACAUCCCCACUGCACUGCCCGUCAGCGGAACCUUGUCAUCCAGCAAUCCCGACUUGUUGCAGUCACAUCACCGCAUUUUAGACUUCAGUACGACUCCGGACUUGCCAGAUCAAGUGUUAAGGGUUUUUAAGGCUGACCAGCAAAGCCGAUACAUCAUGAUCAGUAAGGACACCACAGCGAAGGAAGUCGUCAUUCAGGCCAUCAGGGAGUUUGCUGUGACUGCCACUCCAGAUCAAUAUUCACUGUGCGAGGUCUCCGUCACACCUGAGGGUGUAAUCAAACAAAGACGACUUCCAGAUCAGCUUUCCAAACUUGCUGAUAGAAUACAACUGAGUGGAAGGUAUUACUUGAAAAACAACAUGGAGACGGAAACUCUUUGUUCAGAUGAAGAUGCUCAGGAGCUGUUGAGGGAGAGUCAAAUCUCCCUCCUGCAGCUUAGUACUGUUGAAGUUGCCACACAGCUCUCCAUGCGGAAUUUUGAACUUUUCCGUAACAUUGAACCUACUGAAUAUAUAGAUGAUUUAUUUAAACUCAAAUCCAAAACCAGCUGUGCCAACCUGAAGAAAUUUGAAGAAGUAAUUAACCAAGAAACAUUUUGGGUAGCAUCUGAAAUUCUGAGAGAGACAAACCAGCUGAAGAGGAUGAAGAUCAUUAAGCAUUUCAUCAAGAUAGCACUACACUGCAGGGAAUGCAAGAAUUUUAACUCAAUGUUUGCAAUCAUCAGUGGUCUAAACUUGGCACCAGUGGCAAGACUACGAACCACCUGGGAAAAACUUCCCAAUAAAUAUGAAAAGCUGUUUCAAGAUCUCCAAGACCUGUUUGAUCCCUCCAGAAACAUGGCAAAAUAUCGCAAUGUCCUCAACAGUCAAAACCUACAGCCUCCCAUAAUCCCCCUGUUCCCUGUUAUCAAGAAGGAUCUCACAUUCCUUCAUGAAGGAAAUGACUCAAAAGUCGAUGGGCUAGUCAAUUUUGAGAAGCUAAGGAUGAUUGCAAAAGAAAUUCGUCAUGUCGGCCGUAUGGCUUCCGUUAACAUGGACCCUGCCCUCAUGUUCAGGACUCGGAAGAAGAAAUGGAGGAGUUUGGGGUCUCUCAGCCAGGGUAGUACAAAUGCAACAGUGCUAGACGUUGCUCAGACAGGUGGUCAUAAAAAGCGGGUACGUCGUAGUUCCUUCCUCAAUGCCAAAAAGCUCUAUGAAGAUGCCCAAAUGGCUCGAAAAGUAAAGCAGUACCUAUCCAAUUUGGAGCUAGAAAUGGAUGAGGAGAGUCUUCAGACGUUAUCACUGCAGUGUGAGCCAGCAACCAACACAUUGCCUAAGAAUCCUGGUGACAAAAAGCCUGUCAAAUCUGAGACCUCCCCAGUGGCUCCAAGGGCAGGGUCGCAGCAGAAAGCACAAGUCCAAGCACAGCCCCAGCAGCCACAGCCCCAGCAUAAAAUCAACCAAGGACUGCAGGUUCCUGCUGUGUCCCUUUAUCCUUCACGAAAGAAAGUACCCGUAAAGGAUCUCCCACCUUUUGGCAUAAACUCUCCACAAGCUUUAAAGAAAAUUCUUUCUUUGUCUGAAGAAGGAAGUCUGGAGCGUCAUAAAAAACAAGCAGAAGAUACUAUAUCAAAUGCGUCUUCACAGCUUUCUUCUCCUCCCACUUCUCCACAAAGUUCUCCAAGGAAAGGUGGCAGUGGCAAUCAGCUGAGAUCUUUUGGCUCCGGGCAGCUGGACUUAACCAGUUCCUCCUCUUCUCUUGGAAGUGAGAACAGUAACAAGAAUAACAAUGCACCACGGACCUAUGGGAUAGGCUACACGUUGGCUCCCAGUGGUACUGUGGAUAAUUUUUCAGAUUCUGGUCACAGUGAAAUUUCUUCCCGAUCCAGUAUUGUCAGCAACUCUUCCUUUGACUCCGUGCACGAUGAGCGGCGCCAGAGGCAUUCUGUCAGCAUCGUGGAAACAAACCUCGGUGUGGGCAGGAUGGAAAGGCGGACGCUGAUUGAACCAGAUCAGUACAGCUUAGGGUCCUAUGCACCAAUGUCCGAGAACCGAGGCUUAUAUGCUACAGCUACAGUAAUUUCUUCUCCAAGCACAGAGGAACUUUCCCAAGACCAAGGGGACCGCGCUUCACUUGAUGCUGCCGACAGUGGCCGUGGGAGCUGGACAUCGUGCUCCAGCGGCUCACAUGAUAACAUACAGACCAUCCAACACCAGAGAAGCUGGGAGACACUUCCAUUCGGGCACACUCACUUUGAUUAUUCAGGGGAUCCUGCAGGGUUAUGGGCCUCAAGCAGCCAUAUGGACCAAAUUAUGUUUUCCGAUCAUAGCACAAAGUACAACAGGCAAAGUCAAAGUAGAGAGAGUCUUGAACAAGCCCAAUCCCGGGCAAGCUGGGCAUCUUCCACAGGAUACUGGGGAGAAGACUCAGAAGGUGACACAGGCACAAUCAAGCGAAGGGGCGGGAAAGAUGUUUCCAUUGAGGCUGAAAGCAGCAGCAUGACCUCUGUGACCACAGAAGAAACCAAACCUGUUCCCAUGCCGGCCCACAUUGCUGUGACAUCGAGUACCGCAAAGGGACUCAUUGUGCGGAAGGAGGGCAGGUAUCGAGAGCCCCCACCCACCCCUCCCGGCUACAUUGGAAUCCCCAUCACUGACUUUCCAGAAGGCCAUUCCCAUCCAGCCAGGAAACCUCCAGACUACAACGUGGCACUUCAGAGAUCUCGGAUGGUUGCCCGACCCACGGACACAGCCGGGCCUUCGCCGGUCCCGCAGGCACAUGGGCACCCGGCCGGCGGCAGGCCCGUGAGCAAACCGCAGUGGCAUAAACCCAACGAGUGUGACCCACGCCUCGCCCCGUAUCAGUCUCCAGGGUUUUCCACCGAGGAGGAUGAAGAUGAACAGGUAUCUGCUGUUUGAGGCACAGGCUUUUUCUGGAUCCAGAGUUAGCCACCUUUAAAAGGAGAGCACAAGAAGACGUCCCUAGCAGCGGAGCCUUGGAACUCACAUUCUGAGGCCGGUGGACCAGUUUGCCUCCUUCCCUGCCUUAAAAGCAGCAUGGGGCUUCUUCUCCCCUUCUUCCUUUCCCCUUUGCAUGUGAAAUACUGUGAAGAAAUUGCCCUGGCACUUUUCAGACUUUGUUGCUUGAAAUGCACAGUGCAGCAGUCUUCGAGCUCCCACUGUUGCUGCCUGCCACAUCACACAGUAUCAUUCCCAAUUCCAAGAUCAUCACAACAAGAUGAUUCACUCUGGCUGUACUUCUCAAUGCCUGGAAGGAUUUUUUUAAAACUUCCUUUUAGAUUUCAAUCCAGUCCUAGCACUUGGUCUCAUUGGGAUAAUGAGAAAAGCUAGCCAUUGAACUACUUGGGGCCUUUAACCCAUUAAGGAAGACAAAGAAAAACAAUGAAAUCCUUUGAGUACAGUGCUUUGUCCACUUGUUUACAAUGUCUUUUUUUUUUUUUUUUAAAGAAAUGGAUUUAAAGAUUUUGUUCAGAGAGUAAAUGUUAUAUCCAUUUAAUGAUUACAGUAUUAUUUUGAACCUUUGAGUAGGGUUGCCAGCCUGGGUUUCUGAAAAACCAAAUAUGCCGGACAGGGUGUGGUCCCAGCAAGAAGAGGGAAGACCUGGCUUGCGACCCUGACUUCCUGUGUCCUUCUGGCCUCACCCAUGAAGUGCCCUAUCCUGGAAGUAUAAGAUGUUAGCCAAUUACUUAGAUACCAAGACACCUCAUCCACUCCUUCCCCAGUGGGUGGGGUUCUUCUGUAAAACUGUUUGCACAUGGCCAGGGGAGGGAAAUGGGACUCUUGUGUCCUGUGUCUGAGCCUUAUGGAGUGCAGGACGGUGUCAUGUGAGGGCGUGUCCUGCUCCAUUGAGAUGGAUGGCAAACCCCGUUGUUUUAAGUUAUGCUUCUUUGAUUUCUGUUAAAUUAGUUCUAGGGAUUUUGUUGUUGUUGUUCGUUUUUAAAGAGAAACGUUCAUAACUGGAUAGCAUUGCAGUGAAAGCAGCUUGGGAUAUUGGAGCUGAUGCCAGCUGUUCAUACUGCUCUUUCAAGACAGCCUCCCUUCAAUGAAUUGGCAUUAGGGAAUAAACAAGCCUUUACCAUGACAAAAGAACAAAAGAUCAACAACCUGAUGAGAUAUGCCAGCCUUUGCAAGGCCGGUUAGUCACCAAGGACUAACCUGUAAGUGGCUUUAUGGACGCAGAUAGAGAAGGCCUACGUGUAGCAACCACCUGCUCACAGCUGCUAUUAACCCUAUAAUGACUGAAAUGACCCCUCCACUCUAUUUUUGUGUUGUUUUUGCACAGACUCCGGAAAAGUGAAGGCUGCCAAUCCGAGUAGUACUCAAAUGUGAGGAACUGCUGGUCUUGGAUUUUUUUUCCAUUAAAUUCAGCUGAUCAUAUUGAUCAGUAGAUAAACGUAAAUAGCUUCAAAUUUUAAAAAGUCAAAUUGCAGUGUUUUUUCACUGUAUCAACUGAUGUCAGUGCUUUAUUUAAUAAAUCUCUUCUGUAUCAUGGCAUUUGUCUACUUGCUUAUAUAUUACAUUGUCAAUUAUGCAUUUGUAAUUUUACAUGUAAUAUGCAUCAUUUGCCAGUUUUCUUAUAUAGGCUAUGGACCUCAUGUGCAGAUAGAAAGACAGAAAUCUAGCUCUACCACAAGUUGCACAAAUGUUAUCUAAGCAUUAAGUAAUUGUAGAACAUAGGACUGCUAAUCUCAGUUCGCUCUGUGAUGUCAAGUGCAGAAUGUACAAUUAACUGGUGAUUUCCUCAUACUUUUGAUACUACUUGUACCUGUAUGUCUUUUAGAAAGACAUUGGUGGAGUCUGUAUCCCUUUUGUAUUUUUAAUACAAUAAUUGUACAUAUUGGUUAUAUUUUUGUUGAAGAUGGUAGAAAUGUACUAUGUUUAUGCUUCUACAUCCAGUUUAUACAAGCUGGAAAAUAAAUAAAUAUAACAUAAAGCCUUGUCUACAUCCUUAAA